AUGUCUUUCUCUCGUCAAUUUUUACAGCCUCGAGCUGGAAUAUAUCGAGCUGUAGGUCACACUUCAGGAAUUGCACAAUGUCGUGGAGCAGCUUUGAGAAAUACGUCUCUGUCCUCUUCUUCCAGAACUUUUUCCACGGCUCGUCGAUUGUGUAGUGCGGAGACUACUAUUCCUCCGCCUCCGCAACCAUCCUUUCUCUUACGAACUCUCACUUUCUUUGGAAUAGCCAUUGUCUUCACUUCCGUAGGCUUUUCAAUAGCUGCCUACCCAGCUUUCAAAGCCGCCAAUGCCAUACUCAAUCCUCCAUCCGAUGAGGAAUCGAUCAAGUUAUACACACCAACCGAUGCGAAAUCUCUCGAAGUCGAAGCGUACAUAAACAAUCAUCCACUCGUAGAAGAACUACGAUCCCGACCUGAGAUUACAGAAUCAAGACCACAUUUGAAAAUCCCUGAAUCACAAAGAGGACAUAAUCUUACAGGUGGAACAUUGAUGGGACCCGGACGUGUUCAAGUACCACCAUAUGUAUGGACUGAAGCAGGCGGUAAAUCCCUCGUGUCGAUCUCCUACCUGGGAGAAGAUCUAUGUGGACAUCCAACCAUUGUACACGGAGGAUUUCUAGCUACAAUGUUAGAUGAGGGGUUAGGACGAUGUUGUUUUGGUGCAUUGCCGAAUAGGAUUGGUAUGACGGCUACUUUGACGGUCAAUUAUAGGGCUCCCACGCCUGCGAAUACAUUUGUCGUGUUAAGAGCGGAGACUACAAAAGUAGAAGGGAGAAAGGCCUGGGUUGAGGGAAGAAUUGAGACUUUAGUUGAGGAGGGAGAGACGCCGAAAGUUCUAUGUGAGGGAAGUGCCCUCUUUAUUGAGCCUAGACAAGCCAAGAUGAUGGCUAGAAUAUACCCGGCUACAUAA